AUGACGCAGCCUGGUCGCGAAGGUAUGGCGCGGGACAAGGUAGGUGUUAAAAAACCACGUAGCGGCACAGACAAUGGAGACGUCACGGAGGUGGCGGCCUCUGCGCGCGCACCGCACGCAAACGCCGUCACAAGGGCCACUCGAAGUAGUACCCGCACGCAGCAAGGAUCUGCGAAUCAAGAAUCCGCAAGCGCCGCUAAGAAGCUCGACCUGCCCAAGUACAAGACGAAAGUUAAAGUGAAUACGGUGGACCCCGAACCAGAUGAUGUCGUUGCCCGCAUCGCCAGAAAGAGUAAGGAUGUCUCUUUCACAUCCAUGUCUUUGAACAACCGCGCUGGACAGUCGUGCGUCGUCACCGCCAGAGAUCUUGUAACCAUCGCAGAUGGUCAGUGCCUCACCGAUGCGAUAAUCGACUUUCACAACAUAUUGUUGAGCAUCGAACAUCCACGGACCCCUAAUGGCAAGACAUGGGCGGUUAUGGACAGCAUGGCGUAUCAGUACGCCACGGGUUACAACAAGCCGUUCCAGCACGGCAAGGGGGAAAGUCUGCUCGCCGUCGACUUUCUGGCCAUACCAGUUUUCAAGGGAAACCACUACUCGCUCAUCAUCGUGUGCGAGCCGGCGAAGUUGUUCCGCAAGGACGGGGAGGGUGAUGGGGACAAGCUGCAGAUGGUCCUGUUCGACAGCGAGGGCACACAUGCCGGGGAUCCUACCGUCUUUGAUGGCGCGAAGCUCGGUGGCCAGUACCGCCGGCGCAUGCGUGCGGAUCUGAGCGCGCAUGCAGCUUGUGAGCUCGUACCAGCGCUGACCACACGGGGGAAGAUCGUUCCACCGCAGUAUGCACCUCGGACAUCGGAAAUCGGCGCUGUGAGGGCGUCGGACGAGGUGGACAUGAGGAGCCGUCUCGCUCAGUACCAGGUCGAGGUGUACGGACUACGGAGGGAACUUGUCAUCUGGGGCGCGGCAGUGACCGCGCUCGGGAACGCCAUGGGGUACAGCAGAGAUCAGAUGCUCGCAGCAGCCGCGUACGUGGUGAGGACGGACGGAGGGGCUUAUCGGAGCAUUGAACCCGGGGGAUCACCCUCUACGCCGCCUCACCUGCCUACUGAGCGGACCGGUGGCCCCCUCCCCGCCGAACCCUGUGGCGCGCAAUCGUGUGCGAAGGGUGGGUUUGUGGCACACACGGAAUUGGGCGUAAUCCAUCAGCACCCCCGGCCCCUUCCUCCCUUAUCGCGUGCGUCUUCGGCCCAUGACAGUCCUGGUGGCCCGAAGACCCCUACCAACGGGAACGGUGAAGUCGGCCCGGGUGUACGUGCGACGACAAAGGUCCUGCUAGACAUGCCUGCUGCGAAAAGGGGGGAGAAGCGACCACGUGUCGAUGGCGGAAGCUUGGCAGCGGAAGGUACAACAGCCGCUGGUGGUGGGGGGGGAAGUGGUGGGUCCUCACAGUACACCGGGGUGCGGCGAGAGAAGAAGAGGGGGACAUGGAGCGCGAAGAUAUUGGUGAGGGAGCCUGGUAAGGCCAGGCGGACGCAGAUGCGGUUGGGGUCAUACACACAGGAGCCAGAGGCAGCUUACGCUUACGCCGCAGCUGCUCAUGUGUUAAGGCCUGGCGUCGUCAUACCACGCACGAUCCAGUUGACACCAACGGAACAGAGCCUUCUGGCAGGAUGCUCCAAAAAGGUCAUCAAGCUCCUGGUCAAGAGCCGGAUGUGGUUCCGCUGGAGAGAGUGGGAGCAGGCGGUGCUGGACUGCCAUGCUACAGCAUCCGCUGCGCCAGAGACUUCAGUGGCGGAGGCACCUCAGGCAGAGGUGGAGAUAAGCGUCGGUGCGGGCGAUGAGGACAUCGAGAGUGAGAGCGAGGCACGCCCGGCGCCCUCCCGGUCGAAGAACUUGGCCUCUGUGAUGGCAGAGUCACAGGCGACUGCCACCACCAGGCCCCGUCCUCCGCCCGUGCGUGUGCCGGACAACCCUUUUGUGGCCAUGCCUGUAGCUGGGUCGUCUCGUGACCCGACAGCGCCCGGGGAGGAGACACACAUUCUGAUUAGUCGCGCGGAGUUCGAGGCCUUGAAGAAGGCGCAAGAAGCGAGCGCGCGCACCGUGGCCCGUCUUGAAGAGGAGCUGAGGUCUGCUAAGGCUGUGCAGGCGCGUGCACCCCCUCGCAGGCCGGACGAGCAUGUCUCGGGGAGCGGUGGUGCUUCUGGUCGGAAGCGGAAGCGUCGGGAAGAACUCGCCGAUGAGGAGACAUCCGACGAGGAGAGCGAGGAUGAGCCACCCACCAAGAGGGGGCAUCUGAGGGUGUCCAAGUCACCGGUCCUGCAGCGGGCGCUGAAUUUUCUGCCCGCAAACAAGUCGUGGAAGCGCGCGUGCGACCUGGUGAAAGAUUACCUCUUCUUUGAGAAGGAGAACGCCCGGAUCACGUUCUAUCCGAGCAGCGACGACAAGACGGUGGGAGUGUGUGCAGUGAUCGAGCGCCUGCCUUUCGAUUUCGUGACACUUGCUCUGGCUGCGGACAAGGCAAGACGGUCGGAUUUGAACAAGGCCCUUAGCGAGUGGAAGUCGGGCGCAGCAGGAAGGACGCGGGACAUCUCGUGUCCACGGAUGGGGCUUUUCCGCGACGAGCGAGAUACGCGCAGCCCAUGGGCCACGAAGAAGGACCGUACUCUGGAGGAGAUACGAUCGCAUUAUGGGCUGCUGCUCGGCGUUGACGAUCCCCUGGCAUUGUCCAAGUUUGGGAACGAUCGGGAGGGGAUGCCGUUCGCCUCUGGCGCAUUCGUGGCAUGCGCGGUUGCGGCAUUCAAGCCGAAGAAGGUGGUCGGGCCACUGACGGUGAAGCUUUACCACCUGGCGUGGCUGGAGCAUGUGGUGACCGACACGCUGGUGAACUGGGAGGCGAGGAAGGGGCGACUGUCGAACUCUGCCUGUGGAAACGCGCAGGUGGUCGAUGGGCUCGUGAUCCUUGCGCGUGAGGCAGUGUCGAACGCGAUCAGAAUCUUCAAGCCUAAGUACGACGUCGCCUCGUGCUCGUGGACCUGGGGGCGCCAUGGCCUUCGACUGUCCUCGUGCGGGCUGGAGGACUUAAUUCCAGCGACUGCCGCUACCCGUGAUGGGGCAGAGGUUCAGGCGGACGAGAUCUCUGGGUCGCUUGGAGGCCCGUAA